AUGAUUUACAUCCGGCGCCAACAAAGGCAGAGAAGAAGACUGCUGGCUACCAAACACGGAAUGCCACUGCAGCAGCCCAGCAUCUCCCUGACAUCCCCUAACGGAGGGCUGGUCUGGGGUUCUGAAGGUGCAGAGGUCACCAGGGGUUACAGCUUCGUCUUCACCUGCUCCAUCUCCUCCCAUUAUCCUGGAGGAGUUUUCUCUCUCAUCUUCUCUGGUUCCAGCCUCACCAACACCGUGCCGGCCGUCAACCACUCGGCCUCCUUUACCUUCCCUGUAGCAGAGUAUGAACACCUGGGCAACUACAGCUGUGUGUAUGAAGUCACAUUGUCUACACGGAGAUUCACCUCUACCACGACAGAGAUUAUGAGUGUCAUCAUUAAAAUGCCGCUGUUGCUGCUGGUUUCCUCAGUAGCUGCUGGGAUCCUGCUGGUCUUGGUGGUGGUCUUGGUGCUGGUCUGUCUGGUCUGCAAGAGAAGACGACGAGCCCAGCAGCCCGGAGCCCUCGUCCAAACUCAAUUGGCUGUCACAGUCAGGAACGAUUACGUAGAUGACACGAAUGACGACGCGGAGGAUGACUACGGUAACGUUAAUCCAGUGGACAUCGUGAAGAAACUCAAAGAGGAAGCAGGGAGAGUGGAAGAAGAGGAGAGUGAUGAUUACGAGCAGCCAGAGAGUGACGAAGAUCAUGAUUAUGAGGAAGUGGGCCAUGCACAUGUCUGUUUCAGAGCAGAGGAAGACAGAAAAGAAGAAGAAGAAGAAGAAGAAGAAGAAGAAACAACCAGUGAUGAUGAAGAUGACUAUGAAAAUGUAACCCAGCCAGAUGUUGGUGAACAAAUUGUGGACAUUAAUGGAGAACAUGAUAUUUAUCAAAACUUUUGAGGUGUCCAAUGGUCAACAGUGGAUAAAACACUGAUUUUUCAGCCUGUUCGCACAGGAGUAUUAAUGCCAUGAUAAUACGCAAGGUGUUUAGCGUGCAAUAACAACGCC